AAUCACGGCCAAAGAUGCGCCCUUUGAACUCCGGCUCCAUCUGAUUUAUCUGAUCAACGACGUGCUACAUCACUGUGUGCGGCGUAACGUGGAGGUUCUGCAGAGAGCCCUGGAGACGGUAGUGGUUCCCAUCUUCUGCACGUCCAGUCUCAGCGCCGACGACGACAAGAUAAUGAAACUGAACAAGUUGCUGGAGCUGUGGGGCAAGAACAAGUACUUUGGCCCGGACACUCUGGAGCCGUACAGCCAGAACGGAGGUCCCGGGGGUCCUGGGGGUCCUGGUAUGUACGGAGGUCCUCCCUCACAGCAGCCGCAGCAGUUUGAGUACAACCAUGGCUCUAACAUGAUGAUGGUUGGGAGAAGCUAGGACUGUACGAGUUCUUCCGAGCCAAGCAAAGAGCCCGCCGCAUGAAGGAGGAAGGUCGCAGCUCAAGAUCAAGGUCACGCUCAGCGUCUCCAGGACGACGCAACAGCCCGCCCAGACGUCGGUUCAACAGUGAGGAGAGGAGGCCUCGUUCCAGGUCCCGAUCUCGCUCAGCCUCCAGGUCUCGCUCAAGGUCGCGGUCCAGCUCAAGGUCACGGUCGAGGAGCCCGGGCAGAGGUCGGCGCUCGGGCCGGUCGCGCAGCAGGUCGCGGUCGCGGUCGCCUCUGCCGUACAUCAGGACUAGCCGGUCGCCGUCGCCCCCACCCAGGAAGAGAUCUGUGUCGAGGGAGAGGAGUGCCACGCCGCCCUCUUUUGC